CGAAAAUAAACACGGAGAAGACGUCUGUCAUUUACAUAAACAAAAUCAUUAUCAGUAUUAUAUCUAAUUUACAAGAACCACGAGGAAAAUGCUCAAGUUAAUUUUAAUUUGCUCAGUGUUGUGUUACGCGAAAUCAGUGGAGUCAUAUAAGGAUUUUGAGAGAAUAAGAAAUAAAAGGCAUGACAUCGAGGAUAGGUGGUCGUGGGGUUUUGUCGACGAAUACGAAACGUCAACAAAAGCAAGAAGCCAUGAGCCACUCGUCAGCUCCAGUCCAGAGCCAGAGCCAGUACCGGAAUACUGUAAUCCGUACAAUCCACCUCCUCCGGACUUCAGUGCGCCUGGUAAACGGAUCAGCCAAGCGAAAUGCGACGAGUACAUUUGGCACAUGAAAAUCCGAGAUGAGAGACUGAAGAGGUCUGAUCUAUGCACACAGUACUGGCUGAGUCGACCGAGUAAUAUAACAGACCUCGCGGAAAUCGGUGGCCAUGUCACCUUACCGGGGGAAUACCCGCACAUGGGGGCAGUUGGCUGGAAGGCAGCUGGUGGUGGCACAUGGAUAUUCAAAUGUGGCAGUACUCUCAUCAGUGACAAGUUCCUGCUAACCGCAGCCCACUGUUCCCGCACCUCAGGAAGGGAUCCCUCAGUAGAAAACCCGGUGCCGAGAAUAGUUCGUCUUGGAGACAAGAACAUAGCUGAUGUGUUCUCCAAAUCCCAACUCCCAGUGGACAAGACCAUCCUAAGAAUAAUGAAGCACCCUCAAUACGCCGCGCCGAAGAAGUACAACGACAUAGCUAUCAUCGAGCUGGUGGAGGGAGUAGCGGAGUUCACCCAGCUCAUUCAGCCGGCUUGCUUGUGGAGCAGCUUCGAUACUAGCAGUCUGGGGUACACGGCUAAUCUCACUGGGUGGGGGGUGAUUGAGACCACUAGUCUGACAUCGUCUCCCGAGCUGCAGGCAGCAGAGGUGGACAUCAUCGACUCUGGAGUGUGCGACCAGCUGCUGCGGCCGUUCUGCAGCAGACUGUGGUGUGGCAUGCAGCAUGGACAGAUCUGCGCGGGCAAGCUGGCUGGCGGCGUCGAUGCUUGUCAGGGUGACUCAGGCGGUCCUCUCCAAGUCCGAAUCCCCGACAUAAACCUCCCAGCGCAAGGCACCCUGCACUAUGUGAUCGGCGUGACGUCAUUCGGCAUCGGCUGCGCGAGAUCCAACAAGCCUGGAAUAUAUGCCCGAGUGUCGCACUAUGUCGACUGGAUCGAGGGGAUUGUGUGGAGAUAAAAUACUGAAAAUUA